CUUCACCCUCACUCUCUCUGGAGUGUAUGCGUCUUCUCUACUUCAUCUUCUGUAAAUCCUAGCUCCAUGAUAAUGCACUGAUAAUUUCUCCUCUUUUCCUCUUUCGAUCAAUCUCUGUUGGUUAUGGCGUCAUCGGAUGGUUUAGCGAGCGUGGAGCCAUGGUCGUUGAGGCAGAGCUUCGGCGUCGAUUCAUGGCUGUUUCCGGAGUCGAAAUUCUCUCGCGACAGCGAUUUGCUCACCAUAGCUCUCCACAAGUCCAUUUCCACCGUUCAGAACCACGACACAUUUCUCCUCCCGCCGGACCCUCUCUCUCCCACAGCCUUCCUCGGUUCCCCCGCCGUCUCAUCGCCAUCUCCGGCGCCGGUGUCAACUCUAUCCAACGUCUCCGAUCCGGACUCCUCCUUCGGCACAAAACGGAAACGCAAGGGCGCUCCAGCUGGUGUUGCUGGUAAACCUCCGAAGCGGCGAUCUCGACCGUCGAAAAAAUCUCAGACGACGUUCAUAACAGCAGAUCCGGCGAAUUUCCGGCAGAUGGUGCAGCAGGUAACCGGCGCCAAGUUCAUCAGCUCAUCCCACAACAUUCUCGUUCCGAUCGUGAAGCCGGAACCGCAUAAGCGGGCGAAUGAGCUGUCGCCGGACCGAUCGGUUGUCCCGAUGCUCGAUAGCAUCGAUACAUCGGCGUUUUUGUCGAACCAUGACCAGAAGAACCUGGCGGUGGCGGGUGAAAAUGGUUUUUCCGGCGGGGGAGCGGGAUCAUGGUCUUCACCGAUCACUUCUAUACAGUCGAGUGCGGCGGAGCUCGAUAACUACCCGACGCUGGAGUCGUGGAAAGUAAUGUGAUGCGGUAGUUUAGUGUUAGGCUUUUUCCCUCUUUCCUUAGGGGCUAAGGUGUCGACUCUGUUCAUAUUUUUAUUUUUGGGAAUUAAAAUAUGUUUCAUUAGUAAUUUAUAUAUUUUGUUUGGGAUAUCAUUUCGUAAGAGGAGGAAAUUGAUGAUAACAAUCGUCAGGACAAUAAUGUCAAAGUAAACGAUAGUUUCUCGGCCAAGUCAACAGAUAAGCACACACUUGCCAACAUGGCGGGGUUUUGAUGAUACGAAUUAUACAUUUAUUUACUCU